AUGGACCCCCGCAAGGGUCAUAUAAACUAUCAGCGAGGAACAGAGCUAUCAAAAAGCUCACAUCCAUCAUCAGACUCGAAGCCAUCCUCACAGAAAAGCGCAACAAAUAUCCUAAAAAAGAAUGCCAAUAUCUUACCUAAUAUAAACGGAAGAACGACUCUCUUCAAAGAUGGUAUGGUAACCUCCUGGCACCUUUUUUAUGUGAAAAGCCGGUUAUUACCAAUUUUGGUCCACUUGAUCGUUAGACGGGAUGGAUUUUACGUGAGACCCGAGUCCAUUUUUUCAGCUCGAAUACACAUCCGAGGAUGUCUUAACCAGAAUUUGCCCGCAGCACAUUUCCUUCAACGUGAUUUGACCGCUCAAGCGUUCGAUUCCACGUACUCUGUUUUUCUUGAUAUCCUUUGCACUCCCUUGAUCCAGCAUCAUGUCGUACUAUCCACUGGGCCAUUCGAAGGCGGCUCUUAUCGCAUCAGCCACCGCAGCACUAACACAGUCCUCACGGUUUAUCUCCAAAAUGGCGCUUCGAUCAAGUCCAAACCUGGUGCUAUGGUCGAGAUGUCUUCAAUCAUAAUCUUGCAAGGAAAAGUCAAAUUCAGCAUGAAAAAGCCGUUCACCGGCAGUGAAAUGUCUGAAUCUGUCUACACCGGACCCGGUGAGAUCUGCCUCGCUCCGACUCUCUUCGGCGACAUUGUGACAGUCCAUGUCAAUGCCAACGACACAUGGAACAUCGGCAUGGACACCUUCCUCGCAUGCACGCCUGGCGUGCAAAAGGAAGCCAAAAGCCAGGGCCUUAGCAAAGCGCUCUUUAGCGGGGAGGGUCUGUUCAUCUAUCGAGAUGAGCUUGCUGGAAGUGGGACUAUCUCGAGUAUAAAGACGGGUGAGGGCUAUGCUCACCUGACAUACCAGUCCAAGGUUGAGCAGAGAGGUCUAGUCGACAAAUUGGCCUUUCAACAAGCUGAAUCCGCUUACUGCAGGCGCAGAUACAGGAUCGAAGCAAAGCAGGAAUCCCUCAGGCGGAAAUCGGAUCGCUUCAGGAAACGGGACAAGGUGCUUUCUCUGGUUAAUACAACGAAUCUCGUUUCCCUCCGCGCCGCAUACCUGGAACUGGUUCUUGCCAUGCAAACCCGUACCUCCCGAAAAAGGCAACAGAGUUUUGUUGAGAGCCUAUGUGACAACUAUGGUUCUAUUACAAUGGGACGGAUGCAACACGUCUGGGACCCUGUACGAGGCGAUUUUACUCAUAGGUCUGCGCUGACUGCUUGUCACAUCUUCCCACUAGCAAUGGGACAAAAAUCUAUGACAUACAUCUUUGGAGAAGAAGCUGAGGAUGAGAUCAAUCGAGCGCGCAAUGGACUUUUUCUGCCGCCAGAGGUUGAGCCUGCCUUCGACAAACACGAAAUUGUGAUUGUACCUGAUGGAGUUCAAACAACACCUCAGGACUACAGAAUUAUUGUGCUUGACAAAAGCGGACGAUGGGAAUAUCCUGCCUUUCCGGGAGGUGAUCCUUGGAAGGACCUACAUGGGAAGAAGCUCCGAUUUCAGCCUGGCAACAAUUUCCGUCCGAGAUCCCGCUAUUUAUAUUUCCAUUACAUUGUCUCGAUGUUGAUACAUUAUCGAAACCGAAAUGUCAAGCAUGGCACACAUUCAGUGGAGUUACCAGAGGCUAAUAUGCCGGAACUCUCAAAACUUUGGGCCACUGAAGGGAAAUACCUACGGAAGAAUGUCAUGCUGGCAUUUAUCGAGGGACUCGGGCAUGAGCUACUGCCGUCUGAAGAUGUACUUGGACAUGCAGACGAUGACAUACCGGACAAUGAGGGAGAAGCAGCUACGAAGGGUAUCGAGGAGCUCGACCUGGUCAGCAGCGACGAAGACGAUUAA